AUGUUAGACAACCUUUUGGUGUGUGUUAAGGUAAAUCCUUUUUUGGCUUUGUCGGAUAUAGCAUUUGUCAAAACUUACAGAAUGAGUAAAAAUUUGACAAAUUAUUUAAUCGAGUUAGUCUCUCCAGUUAUAGAACCGCCAAAGCGUUCGUCGGCAUUGAGAGUUCAAGAUAAGGUUUUAAUCACAUUGCAAUUUUUUGGUACUGGGUCGUAUCAAUUACCUACUGGUAAUAGUAGAUAUAGUGCUGUAUCUCAGUCUUCUGUAUCACGCAGCAUUAGUGAAGUAACUAAUGCACUUAAUCAACCAAAUAUUUUUAAUAGUUGGGUCAAAUUUCCUAAAAACAUUGCUGAAUUAAGAAAGUUACGAAAUGAAUUUUACACGAAAACAGGAUUUCCCGGAGUUUGUGGGUGCAUAGAUUGCACUCAUAUUGCUAUUGUAGCUCCACCAGGAAAUCUAGGAGCAGAAAAUAAUUAUCCUGAACAUAUUUAUGUUAAUAGAAAAAUUAUCAUUCAAUAA